AUGCUCUUCAACGCCCAAACCGCAAUAUCCACAUCAGCGGUCCUCCUCGUCCCCUACUACAGCUGGCACGUCCCCCGCUACCACGAAUGGAUGCAAGACGAGGAAAUUCAAGAAGCCACCGCUUCGGAACCUCUCACUUUGGAGGGUGAAUACGCUAUGCAGCGCAGCUGGCGUAAUGAUGCUGAUAAGCUCACUUUUAUCGUUUGUCUUCCUCAACAACAACAACAACAACAGCCGUCAUCGGAGGGAGAGCGGCAUCAACAACUAGAGGGAGAGAAGCAUCACCACCACCAACUAAACGUAGAAGACGACACUCUGCCCCGCAUGCUAGGCGACAUCAACCUCUUCCUCCGCGUCGAAGAAGACUCAGACGCCGAAGAAGAAGACCUCAAAGCCGAGAAAGCCCGAGACCGACUCGACCCGGGUCCGCGCAUCGCCGGCGAAGUCGAGCUCAUGAUCGCCGAGAAGAAGAACCAGGGCCGCGGGUUUGGCCGCGCCACGCUGCUGUCGUUUUUGCGGUACGUCGCUGCGCAUGAGAGCGAGAUUGCGCACGAGUUCAUCGGCAGUGAGGAUCCUUCUGUGAGGGGGUUUUUGGAGCGCGGGGGUCGGCCUAGGCUGUCGCGGUUGAGUGUGAAGAUUGGGUGUGAGAAUAGGCGCAGUUUGGCGCUGUUUGAGAGUGCGCUUUUUCAGAAGGUUUCUGAGAAGCCGAGUUAUUUUGGGGAGUUUGAGCUUAGGAGGGAGAGGGUUGUUGUUGCGGAGGUGGAGGCGGAGUUGAGGCAGGCUGGGGUUUUGGGGUAUGUUGAGCUGAAGUAUUUGAGGGAGUGA